AUGCGUGAAUUUUCCGGUUUAUUUUUAAUCGCCUUCAUCGAAAUAUGUUGGGUAGCCUCGGAAGAGGCUUUCCAACACACCGAUAUGCCACCACAAAUGCCGGUGGCGGCCUCAGAAGCCACUCUACUUACCCCACCAACCCCCGGCCAUAUGGCUCUCAACUUCGAGACCCAUCAAAAUUAUCCAGAGGAAGAAAAUUCUCCACCAAAAAAAUUCGAAAACCCCCGCCUAUCGAAAAAUCGUUAUAAAAUCACCAAAGUUACGACAAAUUGUUCGCGUAGCUUUUUUGAAAUGCAAAUCGAAAUGAAUACGCCCUUUCACGGGCUGCUCUAUGCAAAAGAUUUUCCACAGGAGUGUAGGGCACGAGGUACUUCGGAACGAAAUAUUACUUUGAGAUUACCAACAUCGGGUUGUGGGGUGAGAGUGGAACCCAGAUCGGAUGGUUCGAUGGAGCUGUCCGUUCGCGUUAUGAUGCAAAUGGAGGAGAAGCUGCGACAAAGUUCGGAUAUUUUGAGAACGAUUAAAUGCAAGCUGCCACAAAAUGCCAUGGGUAUGAAUCUUGCGAUGGAUGGUGAGGGGGUGGGCGAGGAGGGGAAAACAUUUAGAAGCAGUAAUAGCCAUCAUCAUCAGGUAUCAUCGGCUGCAUCAUCCUCAUCGACGCCCCGUAUUCGCAUAUGGCUUGAAUUGGGUGGUCCAGACGGGUCCGGUUCCGUGGUUGUGGGUCAGGCCACAACAUUGACGGUACGUGCCGUAGUGCCCGGCACAAUGGGUUUAAAAAUUGUCGAUUGUGCUGCCCUCGAUGGUUUGGGCGAGUCGACACAGCAAUUGUUGGAUGACAGGGGCUGUCCCAUCGAUGAACAGGUCAUGCCCGCUUUGCACACCACCAUUAAACCCGCUGAGGAAGGCUGGUCCAAACUCGACGAAGAAGAUCUGGUGGAGAAAACCUAUACGGCCACAUUUCCAGCAUUUAAAUUUCCGGAUCGAGAACGGCUGCAUGUUAGCUGUGGUGUACAGCUGUGUAAAGGACGUUGUCCCAAUGUAAAUUGCCGCACCAGUGAAAAGCUGAUAUUAAGUUCCGAUAAACAUUUGGCACGCAUUGAAGUAUUUAAUUCGCUGGCGGUGACAGCGCCACAAAUUGAAGUGGAUCGUUUACGUUAUGACAGGCGGCACAAUAUGAGUGCAGAAGAAUAUGAACCCUAUGUCCGUCCACUAAUCAAUGAUGGUACUCUCUGUUUAUCCGUAUCGAAAUUGGCCAUGUCUUUUUGUAUAUUGGGUUUAAUAUUUUUAGUGGCAAUUGUUGUGGCCAUAACUUCGUUGAUACGCUCGCGACGACGUAUGGCGGCAAUACACAAUUGUGGUAGCCUAUCGAAUAAUAGCAGCCGUUUGCAUCGGGCCGAAGUUUGCACCUCGAUGUUUAGUUCAAGUAGCGAAUCGGCACAAUCAGCUCGUUUUGGUACAAAAUUCUUUAUGCCCUACUAUCCGAAUACUCUGCCAUAUGGUAGGGUAUAUUAG